AUGAACAUUGUGGGAAAACUCAGUUUAAUGAUACUGUGGAGUAUAUUCAUGCUUCAUUCACUGCUGUCCUCUUUGCAAGGAUCUUAUUGCAAGCUUUCUCUUUUGAGAAGAGAUUCAAGAAAUGACUUUAAUGCAACAAGAGAGAAAAGAGAUCUCGUAACAGCCGAGAUUCAAGCUUCCUCUGCUCUGUCACACCUUCAUGGGACCUUGACACGGAGUCCUCCAGGAGGUUCAUGUUCCCUGGAGUGCCUUAAUGGAGCAGCCUGCACAGAGGCAGGUGACUGUGACUGUCAGUUAUUUCAGGCUCAAGGAAGCAGAUGCCAAAUUGUACCCAACACUGGUAAGGACCGAGAUGGGAUUUGCAAAUCGUGGGGACAGUAUCAUUUUGAAACAUUUGAUGGCAUCUACUACUACGUCCCAGGAAAUUGCUCCUAUAUUUUUGCAAAAGACUGCAGUACUCCAGAACCACAGUACACUGUUUGGGUUCAUAACAGUCCUCACUGUUAUGGUUCUGUAUAUACUUGUCAGAGGUCCAUCAGCUUGUUUUUUUCAAACCAAGAAGAAAUAAUUAUUUCAGGACAUGAAGUAAGAAAAGAUGGAAUCAGAUUAGUUUUGCCUCAGACAAUUGGAAAUGCUUUCUUUGAGAGACUGGCUGACUAUAUACUGGUGAAGACCACCUUUGGUUUUUCUCUUGCUUGGGAUGGAAACUCUGGUAUUUAUAUCAAGCUGACAGAAGAUCAAAAGGGAAAACCUUGUGGCCUCUGCGGAGAUUUUAAUGGCAAUAAACAUGAUGACCUGAAACUACAAAACAAUGAAUAUACAGAAGACAUUGCUGAAUUUGCAAAUAGCUGGGCUGUGCAAACUGCAGAUGAUGUAGCUUGUGUACCUACUGCCUCAAAUUUUUCCAGUCCUUGCUCAGCUGAUGCAGAAUCCACUGAGGACAUAUUCUUCAAGUGCCAAAUAUUCCUACAGUUUCCUUUUCUCAGCUGUCAUGAAAGCAUAGAUCCAUAUUCUUAUAUUUCUAGCUGCAUGAAUGAUCUUUGCAGAGCAGAUGAUGAUGAAACAUACUGCAGGGCGGUGACAGAGUACGCUAGAGCAUGCUCUCACGCUGGGUCCCCAGUGCGGGACUGGAGGGAUGACUUUCCUGCCUGUACUGAGAAGUGUGAAGACAGCUUUGUACACCGUGACUGCAUCAGUUGUUGUCCACCAACCUGCACAUUUGAAAAAGACUGUCUUGGCAGCAACCUACACUGCUUAGAUGGCUGUUACUGUCCAGAUGGUCUCAUUAUGGAAAAUGGAACCUGUAUCUCUGUGUCGAAUUGUCCUUGUAUUUAUCAUGGAACUGCCUUUCCUGUAGGCUCAAAAAUUGAACAAGAAUGUAGCAACUGUAUUUGCAUUGGUGGCAUUUGGAACUGCACUGAUCAUGAUUGUCCAGCUGAGUGCUCUAUAACAGGUAGCUCUCACUUCACAACAUUUGAUGGACGUCAUUUCACCUUUCUUGGGAUUUGCCAGUACAUUUUGGUAAAAGGCACUGGGAAAAACAAAUUCACAAUAACUUUACAGAAAGCACCUUGUGGACAGAACUUUGACCACGCCUGCAUUGAGUCUAUAACUCUAGUCCUUGAAGAUGAUGUGAGCAAACAAGUAACUCUCACGAGAUAUGGUCAAGUCCAAACUGGCCCUAACCAAGUUUUUAACCUUAAUGGCGCUAUUGAAAUUCAGAAUGUAUCUUCUUUUUUUGUUCAACUGAAAACUAGUUUUGGUUUGAAGAUACUAUUUGCUAAAGAUGGAGAGAGGAUCUAUGUUCAAGUUGAUAUUGGCUGGAAGAGAAGAACAUUAGGACUAUGUGGAACAUACAACGGGAAUUUAAGAGAUGAUUUUCUCUCUCCAGCAGGGAUGAUAGAAGGGACCCCGCAACUUCAUGCAAAUGCAUGGAAGGUUUCCUCAGCUUGUUCUGUGCCUAUCAACAUUCCUGUGGUUGAUCCCUGCAAUGUUAAUCAGCAAAAUGCUGGGUAUGCAUCUCACUGUGAUAUCAUCAACCAAGAAGUUUUUGCUCCCUGUCAUGCCUACAUCAGUCCAGGGUUAUACUACCAGCAAUGCCGCUUUGACGCGUGCAAAUGCGGAAGCAGCUGUUUGUGUAAUGCUUUGGCACACUAUGCUUACGUGUGUGGCAAGCACGGCAUCGUCGCUGACUUCAGAUCUCAUAUUUCUUACUGUGCUGUGAUGUGUCACGGUGGUAUGCUUUAUCAUCAGUGUUCUUCUUUUUGUAAACAUUCCUGUGCUUCACUUUCUAUGGCAAAUAUCUGUGGUGAUGACUGUGCAGAAGGAUGUAAUUGUCCCGAUGGGAAAUAUUUUGAAGAGUCGGUCAACUUCUGUGUGUCGAUAUCUGCCUGUCAUUGUCAUUACAAGGGCAAAGUCCUCCAGCCUGGAGAAAUCCUCCCUACACCAACAGGCUCCUGUCAGUGUUUAAACGGAACAGUGAAAUGUAUUGAAGCCACUACAGAAAAUACAGUUCACAUAUGCCCUGAAGGAAAAGUCUACUAUGACUGCAGAUCUCCUGUGCCUGGAUUACCAGCAGCGGGUGUGAAUUGCGGGAUCUCUUGUGCGAACCUUGCCAUGAACUUCUCCUGUGUCCCCUCACCACCCUGUGGAAGUGGCUGCAUUUGCCCCCCUGGGAUGGCUGAGCACAGAGGGAAAUGUUAUAUUCCUGACAGCUGUCCAUGCACCUGGAAAGACAGGGAAUUUCUGUCAGGAGAAGUGAUAGCUACACCAUGUUACACCUGUGUUUGUCGGAAAGGGAUAUUCAAUUGUACUAGUUACCCCUGUCCUGCUGUAUGCACUGUUUAUGGAGAUCGACAUUAUUAUACCUUUGACGGAUUAGAAUAUGACUAUAUCAGUGACUGCCAAGCUUACCUGCUAAAGAGCACAGAUAACUCAAAUAUAUCUAUAAUUGCUCAGAACAAAAAGUGCUUUGACAAUGAUAUUGUUUGCUCAAAGAAUGUUUUCAUCACGGUUGGAGACACUGAGAUUUAUUUUAGUGAACUUUCUGAGAAGCAGACCUUAAGGGGAAAGGAAAACAAAUCUAACUAUCAGCUUUGGAAGGCUGGAUAUUAUACUGUGAUACACUUUCCAGAUCAAGAUAUUACGAUUCUGUGGGAUAAGAAGACAAUGAUGCAUAUUAAAGUUGGACCUCGAUGGAAGGGUAAACUGGCAGGUUUGUGUGGGAAUUUUGACAAAUAUACUUCAAAUGAUCUGACUACCUCAAACAACAUGGAGGUGAGAAAUGCACAGGUGUUUGGAGACAGCUGGGUAUUAGGACAGUGCAAGAGCCCAAAUGAAACAUUAAGGCCAUGUGAGGUACAUCAGAGCAAGUUCCCUUAUGCCAAAAAGGAAUGCUCAAUUUUAUACAGCGAUGUUUUUGCACCUUGUCGCAAUGUGAUUGAUGUGACUUCUUUUGUCAAAAAUUGUCACACAGAUACGUGCAACUGCAAUCUUGGUGGGGACUGCGAGUGCUUGUGUACCAGUAUUGCAGCUUAUGCUCACAAGUGCUGCCAGCAAGGAGCACCGAUUCACUGGCGAUCUCCUUCCCUCUGUGCUUAUGACUGUGAUUAUUACAAUCAAGGUCUUGGUGAAGGACCCUAUAUUUUGGCAAGUUACGGACAGAAUGACACAAUUAUAGGAGCUAAUAUAUCUAGUAGAAGGAUAUUUCCCCUGCCUAGAGCUGGAGCAUAUGGAAAUGUAUUUUUCAGCUUCAUGAUAACUCCAGGGCUUUUCAAAGAUAAAGAUUUAUCUCUCUCUCUCGUUUCCCUUGAAUCUGCUGAAAGACCAAACUACUUUCUGUAUGUACAUGACAAUGAAACCGCUGGGUUGGAGCAGUGGCAGGCAAGUGACUCCUUUCAGAGACGAGCCACCUUCUUCCACCACCAGGGCCUCUGGAGUCCAGGGCUCAGCGCCUUUGAACUGCACAGUAAAAAAGGCUUUUUCAUCAUUCUCACCUCAUCUGGUGUUAAAGUGGCAAAGUAUGAUGAUUCAGAAGAAUUCAAACGUUUGAGUAGCUUUAGUAUUGAAGAACUCCGUGCCUCUGUGCCUUAUAGAAGAAUGUGUGAGUGGCGAUAUGAAUCUUGUGCUAAUCCUUGUGUUAAAACCUGUAGUGAUCCUGAAGGAAUAGCAUGCAAAUUCCUUCCUCCGGUUGAAGGAUGCUUGCCAUACUGUCCCAAAAACAUGAUCCUUGAUGAGGUCACACUUAAAUGUGUUUAUCCAGAAGACUGCAUACCUUUGGCACCUACAGAAUCAGCAAUUGGAACAAAACCUUCAUUGCUAAUCUCUCACACGGGAAAACAGAGCUCUUCGGUAAGUUCUUCAGAAGAUGGAACAAUAUCAGCCAUAUCUGCUGGAAUCAUCACUCAAUCCACUACACCAACAAUCAAGAACACAACAGUGAAUGCUACAUCCUUAAAAGUGCCUUAUAUUUUUGCAAAAAUACCACCUAGCUCUUCAAGCAGUUUUGCUUCUGUCACUACUGUGGCCUCUAGCAUUACUACAAAAACCACUGAUUCUUUUGUUGCCGAUUUGGAGUUUUAUAUGGCUUCAGCUUCAGUUCCUACCACCACAGAAACAUCCAUGCAUGUGUCACACAGAUCUUUAUUUACACCUGCAGUGACUCAGGUUUCACAGAGCACUAAAGAGACUCCAAAAAUUAUGAUUAUGAAAACAACUGGUACUACAAGUCCAUUAUCACAGACAAAGAGUACCUCACUUGCAGCUUCAGAAGUUAAAUAUGCAACCUCAUUUGAAAGAACUGGGGAUGUUUUAGAAAGUGGUCAGAUUUCACAUGAGCAAAGAAAUGUUACCAAGACAAAGUCAACCACAACUGAGAAAUCUUCCCUGUCUUAUUUGACAGUAUCUCCAGUUCAGAGUUCACCUUUCCCAAGAAACAUAACCACAGUAAAAAAUCUCUCUGCUUCUGGAGUCCCAGAUGUAAUAAUAUCAGAUUGGUCAAAUAUCCCAACACAGAAAUCCAUUAAACCUUAUUUCAGUUUAACAGAGCCCACAGAGCUUCAGACCAGAACUGUAGUAGAUUUAUCUCAUUCUAGUGGUGGAAUGUCUCUGCCUUCCUCUCCAGAGCCUGUGGAAACACUAAGUUCUCUGGCAAGCACAGAAACAAUGAAGGCUUCCUUUGGUACAAUGAUGCAUACACUGAUGUCUACAUCUUCUGAAUGUGUGCCAAGAUACCUUGAACCUGUUGACAAAUGUAGCCACUAUGUAUGUGUUAAUAUGGAUUGGAUAUUAUACAACCUUUCAAGGAACUGCCUUAAGGAUGUGCAGAAGCCAGACUGUGGUUUUCGAGGAAUGCCGGUUCAAGUUAACUCUGAUAGUUGUUGCCCAGAAUGGGAAUGUCCUUGUCAAUGUUCUGUACUGUCUGAACUGAGUGUUAUCACAUUUGAUGGAAACAACAUAGCCCUCUGUAAUAUGGCUUCCUACAUUUUAGUCAAGUUACCAGGAGAAAUUAUUGUUGCUCAUAUUGAAAAAUGUCCUGCUAAUCAGAGUGCAAAUUCAAUAAGAAAACUAGUUCCCCCUGCAAGCACUUCGGGGCUCUGUUUUAAGAAAUUAAAUGUAACAACAGGCACAUAUCAAUUACUUAUCAAUCGUUUAGCAAGAAAAGUAGUAGUGGAUUCUGUAGUUCAAUCAUUACCAUUUUCAAAGGAAGGACUGAGUAUUCAGGAUACUGGUGCAAUAUAUAUUGUUAAUACCCCAGCUGGUAUUAGCAUCAAGUGGGCUCACAUUACAGGCAUCAUCGAUAUACAGUAUGGAUUACACUCUAACACAUCCAUGAAGACAGAAGGACUUUGUGGGGUGUGUAAUGGAGACCCUACUGAUGAUCUGAAAAUGCAAAACAGGACCAUAAUUACAAACAUGGAGGAAAUUGAAGUGUUCAUUAGGAGUUGGGAAAUUGAGAAAUCACUUGAUGUAACAACCCGGAGGCCAGUAAGAAACUGUACUGAAGAUAACUGUACAUACUGUAUGGGACUGUUGAAUGGAAGCACUUUCAUCCCUUGUCAUAAGAAAGUGUCACCACGGGAGUUUUGUGAGAAAAUGUGGAUCAACAGUACCAAUUUUUGGAAUUAUGAGUGUGAUGCACUUUCUGCAUAUGCGGCUUUAUGCAACAAGCACAACAUCUGCAUUAAAUGGAGGACACCUGAUUACUGUUCACUGAGUUGUCCCGAGGGCAAGGAAUACCAGCCUUGUGUGCAACCCUGUGAAGCCAAGACAUGCUUGAAUAAAUGGUUCUAUGAAGAUUCUCCCUGUUCCUACUUAAGGGAGGACUGUGUUUGUAGAAAUGGCACUAUUCUGCAUAGAACAGACUCUGACCUCUGUAUACCAGAAGAAAAAUGUACAUGUACAGAUAACAAAGGACAACCCCGCUCUGCUGGGGAGAUCUGGAAUGGGUCCAUGAGAGGCUGUUGCAUGUACAACUGUUUAGAAAAUGGAAGCAUUGUUUCUGUAGAACCUGAAUGCAAUGAGGAUCCACUACCGGUCUGUGAAAGAGAAGGGGAAGUUAUUGUCCAUGUCAUCGAAGAAAAAGCUUGCUGUCCAAAGAAAGUUUGUGAAUGUAACAUCUCAUUGUGUGACACCAUUAUUCCAACAUGCAAACCCAGUGAAAAAUUAGUGGCAGGUUACCAUCCCCUGUCCUGCUGUCCACAGUACCGAUGUGAAUGUGAUCCUUCAGCUUGUUUCAAUGCUUCCCACCUGGACUGCAGAGAAGAUCAAUUUAUUGUGGAAGCAAAACAGGAAGAUCCCUGUUGUUUCUCUUACCUGUGUGUUUGUGAAUCCUGUAUUGAGCCUGUUCCCUUGUGUAAUGAGGGGGAAAUUCUCACUGUAGACCUUAAUACCAUACAUUACUGUUGUCCUCAUUACUACUGUGUUUGUGAUGAAAAUCUUUGUCCUGAGCCUCCUAUGAAUUGCACAGAUGAAAUGACACUUGUGAAGGAAAAAAUACCGGGGCAGUGUUGUCCAGAAUGGCACUGUGAAUGUAGCUGUGAAAACGCUACUAUGCUGACCUGUAAAUUGGGAGAAGUUAAAAAAAUAGAUAGUAAUGUUUCCAGUGCUUGUGGAUGCACUCACUACAUUUGUGAGAAGGAUGAUGUGUGCAUCUUCCAAGAGGUCACGGUACUGAAUCCUGGACAGUCAGUGAUUCAGUUCUUGGGUGGAGACCUUUGUUACACUGUACAGUGCUUACAAGAAAAAGAUCAGAACACAGGAUACAAUGCAAUGCAUUUUACAAUGGUGAACUGUUCCCAGCAAUGUGAAGCUCAUCAAAUAUACAUUCCUUCCUCCAGUCACCAUACUUGUUGUGGUACCUGUCAAGACAUGUCCUGCUCUUUUCACACUGAGAAUGGAACACUAAUCAUGUAUGAGGAAGGCAGCACCUGGACCUCCAACUGCACUAACUACAAGUGUGCAAAGACUGCUGCAGGGGCUGUCAUACUGGGAUCAAGUGUUGUCUGCCCCCCUUUUAAUGACACCGAGUGUACAAAGAACGGAGGAAUUGUGCAGAUGUAUAAUGAUGGCUGCUGCAAGACCUGCAAAAAGGAAGAAAGGAUUUGCCAGAAAAUAACAAUCAGGACAACCAUAAGAAAAAGUGACUGUAUAAGUCAAAGCCCGAUAAAUGUGGCUUCUUGUGAUGGAAAAUGCCCAUCUGCAACAAUCUUCAAUGUCAAUAUCGAUACCCAUUUAAGAUUCUGUAAAUGUUGUCGAGAAAAUGGAACGCGUAAUCUGACUGUGCCACUACGCUGCUCAGGAAAUGGCACUGAAAUUAUGUAUGUCGUUCAAGAGCCUAUAGAAUGCUCAUGCCAAUGGAACUGAACACUACUGUGGAUAUGAUUUCAUCUGUAGAAGUAAAAGGAGUUUCUUUUCACCAAACUUUUUUUGAUGUUGGAUAACUAUAGUACAACCGCAGGGAUAAAAAAAACAGAUGUGCUCAGUUCUGCUUUAUAAUGCAAUUUUUCACAGAUUUAGUAAAGAUGAUGUUCUACGUUCUUCACAUUUUCUUUUGAAGUACUGGCAUAUAUAGAAAGAAAAAUAUAAAUAAUUUUGAAAAAGGUAUAAUUUAGCCAUCAUUUAUUUCUACUCAGUGGGCUUUCUGACAAGCUGUUGAAAGCUGGUUAAGGCCUGUUUCCAGUUGGAUUGUGGCUAUCUAUUAAAGUUCAGAAUUUCUCAGUGGUUCUUUUCCUUGUACUCAGAAACUUCUUGUUGUGAACCAUCAUUGCUCUCAUGUUUAAAUGGGAGUUUGAUAAUGACUGAAUAAAAUAGUGGGUUAAACCGAAA